ACCACUUGAAAGCUUCAUUCCUGAAUGAAAAGUAAACCCAGUUGUACAUUUAUUUGAGGAAAUUCAAGCGUUGACUUUUGAAGGAUUAAAGUGUAUUUUUUUUUUUUUAAAUCAGGGUUUGAACGGAAGCUGGACUGUCUCCGAAAGUCAGACCUUUUAAGGUUAAAAGGGGCUCCUUGCUGUUUGUGGUGACUUUGUGCACAGUGUACGUCUGCUGAAUUGGGAGAUGUUCCAGUUCAGCAAGUACCCCAUGGACAUUCUGGAGAUGCUAAGUGGACACCAAGCCCACCAGUUCAAAGGCCUUGGGUUAGAUAGACAACUAAGCCACCAGCAGCAGGUCCAACUGCAGCACCAGCAGCAGUUGCAGCAGCAGCACCAGCCCUCUGCUGAAGCUACUGGGAGCUUGUUGUCUGGACUUGGACUGGGAUCUCUUCAGAGUUCUCGGACCAAUGCCUUUGCUGAUUCUUCCUCAUUAUUUGCCAAAAUGACUGCCCCUCCCCCAUCCAUAUCCCAUCAGAGCCAGUCAUCCUCAUCGUCCCAUAGCUCUAGAAAGUCCAGUAAGAUUAGCAGUGGCAGUUCGACAUCAGGAUAUCCACAGUUUCUACGACCGUUCCAUCCAGCUGAGGCCGCACUGGCUCAGGAGCAACUCCACUCUGGGAUGGGACGUUUCGACUUCAGUGGAAGCAGUAGUGGAGGGAGUGCUGGGGUGAUUGGCGUUGCACCUGCACCUCCUCCUCCUCUUCAUCCAGGCCUCUCUGUCCCUCAACCCUCUUCUGGCCCAUCGUCCUCUUCACCUUCUUCCUCUACCACUGCUUCAGCAUCCAACAACCCUGCCAGCAGCACUGCAGUCCCCUUAGUUGGCCAGUCCGAUCCACGCAGCCUCCACCAGCAGUUCAGCUGCAUGCUUGCUGCCAACCAGUACUUCUUGUCUGGUGUCCCUACCAACAGUAGUCUGGAGCAGUUCCUUGUCCAGCAGGGCACACACAACCACUUGGGCUUAGGUCUUAGCCAAGGGGCCACCGAGUCUAACUCAGCCCUGGCCCCUCCCCCUUCCCUCCACUCCUCCCACAGCCAUAGCCACAGCACUCCACAGCCUCAACAGCAACAACAGCAGCUAACCCCUCAUGCCUUAUCUCAUCCGCACAGCCACACUCACCAUCCGCACCCCCUCCACCCAGCCCCCCAGCCUGCUCCACUGAGUAGCUUUGAUUUUCAAGGCAUUCCAGUGCUUUCCAGUAACCAGAUAGCAUCAUUAAUGCAGCAGGAGGCAGGCAUUCCCCUCCCCCUUCCUCUGCACCUGUCGCUAUCUAAAGACGAUACAACAAAGUCAGGGGACGGCUCGUCUUCAGCAGUUUCAAGUGGAGGAAGCAGGAGAAAGAAAGCGAUGGCUGGCUACCUGCCCCAGAGGAAAGCGGACAACAACAGCAGCAAUCAGAGCGGUCACAGCAGCAGCAGCAGCGUUGAUAACUGCCACAACAGCAGCUCGAGUGGGCACAGUCAGAGCUCCUCUUCAGGCCUUGUGGGAGGAGGAUCUGGGGGAGUUGGGCUAAGUGGCAUCAGAAGUGAGACACAGCACUCCUCGAUGCUCUCAUCUUCCUCCCAGCAGCAGCAGCAAUCAUCUUCCACUGUCUCCUCAUCUUCAUCUGCCCCCACAUCUUCCAACUCCUCAUCUGUACUUGUAACCAAUGGUAACCAACAACUCCCCAAAUCCCAAGAAAGUCACAAUAGCAUCUCUUCUAGGCAGCCUGAGCCAGAACCCCUUUACCACUGUGGUGAAUGUGGUAAAACCUUCACGCACCUCUCCAGCCUUCGAAGACAUCUUCGUAGCCACGGUUUGACACCAGAAAGCCAAAGCAGGAAGUCUGACUGUAACUCUCCCAGUCCAGAAAGAAUAUUUUGCUGUGGCGAGUGUGGGAAAAGAUUCAAAAAGAGAGGUCACCUCAUCCAGCAUAGUGUCACCCACUCAGAAAACCGGCCUUUUGUCUGCAGCAUCUGCCAGAAGUCCUUUAAUCGUAGAGAGUCUCUCACAAGACAUGAAAAGAUUCACGACGAGAAGCCCUUUCGCUGCCCGGCUUGUGGGCGUUGUUUCCGUGAGAGCACUUCACUUCUCAACCACGCUGCUUCAGGUGCUUGUGGCAAACCACCUCGCAGUUCUAAAAACCGGGCGAGCAGUGGAGGGAAUACAAGAUCCAGCCCGAGCAGCAGUAAAAUGGGAAAUGGUGGCAAUGGAGUAGGAAUUUCAAAUAACGGUGGAGGGAUGGCGGAUGACAAGUAUGCAACAGAAUAUUCCAGAAAUCGAUACCAAAACCAAACAGCCUACAAUAGUGGGAUAGAUGACUACAGACGCUCACAAACAUCAACACUUUACUCCUCAGAAAGUACAUUAAGCAAUGAAAUGACCAGUCAAACUCUACGUAAGGCCCCUUUAGCCCCAACUCUUCAUCCCCAUCCACAAAGUCAGCAGCAGCACCAGCAGCAGCCCCACCUUCCCUUGUCUUCCCUAUUGGAUGAUUCAGAGGAUGAGGUCACUAGCAGUGCAAUGUCAGCCAUUGCAGCUGCUGCUGCAGCCUCCUGUGAUAUAAACUCAGAAAGUCGAGAAGGAGAAAGGAGGGACAUCAUUGGAGGUCUUCUGGGAGGAUUGGGUUUUGGUAACUUAGGUGGGCCGUCAUCAACAUCUACCCUGAAUGGUUCAACCUUUCCUUUAACCCACCCCAGCUUGCCCCAAGUAAAGCCCAAAAGGCCACGGAAACCCAGAGAAAAAAGGGACCCCAACACCGUCGUGAGGAGGAGGAGGAGCCCAGCGCCUCCAGGGGACGGCUCAGAGAGGCCUUAUGGGUGUCAGAUUUGUGACAAACGCUUCCGAAGGGCGGAAACUCUGCGGCGCCACAACCGCGUGCACACAGGAGAGAAACCUCAUGGCUGCGAGGUGUGUGGCAAAAUGUUCCGUGAGCCCUUCCACCUCACCAAACAUCUGACUGUGCACUCUGGUCAAAAGAACUACAAAUGCAAUCUUUGUGGAAAGAUGUUUGCUUACGCACAGAGCCUUGUUAGACACGGCAAGUUGCACAGAAAAGGUGAAAUUGACAACCAGGGCCGGAGAAUAAAAGGUGCUGCUGCUGCCAUCAGUCAAGUUGCCAAUUCAGGGAACUCUGACUACUUCUCAUCGUGUUCCCAAGAAGAAAAGUCUCCAACCUCUGGCACCCCCUCUCAGAGGCUCUACACCUGCACAGUGUGCUGGAAGUCAUUUCGCCACUAUUUCCACCUUACAGCACAUCAACAGACUGUCCAUGGCGGGGGGGUGGGGCUUGAGAAGUCCUAUCGUUGUGAGGUAUGUGGCAAAGCCUUUGCCUACUCCAACAGUUUAGUGCGACACAAGUUAUCGCAGCACGGCAUUGACCGCGGUGGUCAACGCGUCAACCAGUCUCAGCCAUCUGAAUACUCGACGCUUUUUUACGAUUCCAGCGUAAGUUCCAACUAUGCUGCAUCAUCCCACAUUCAUCAAGGGGUUUCAGAGCAGCAACCACAGCAGCAGCCACAGCAGCAGCCACAGCAGCAACAACAAAUACAACACCCUUUUCCCUACCAUGCAAAAAACUUCCAAAAGCGACAUGGUCAAACAAGAAAGCACCGAAAGAAGAAACGGCGAAUAGUGAUCCAUAGCAUCAUGAGAGAUGGGAAGCUGGUGGGUGUUCCUUUGAGUAAAGACACUCGGAGGAAGCUAAUGAUGCUGAGGAGAAGAAGGGGAAAACGGCAGGCUCAGUUCAACAGAAAAAAGCUGCUGGCCCAAAUUAGAAAAAAGGGGUGUAUAAUGAAAGUCAAAUCAUGGUGUGGGGGGGCUGUCAAAGUUACAGGACUCGCUUGUAUGGAUGUCCCCCUCAAGCGCUUCCCCUGUCCCAUCUGCCCCAGUACUACAUAUGCCAAACAGGGCUCUCUGCUGGUGCACCACGCCGUCAGGCAUCCACCAAGAAACUCGGGCCGUAACGCCCGUCUGAGGUGCCAAGUGUGUGGACGACGGACCUCCUCGUUACACAAAGCCUUGAAGCACAGAGGCCAGCAUCUGAAGCAAGCUGCAUUCCAGUGCCACAGAUGCCACCAUCGUUUCUGGAACCCUCGUCUCCUGGCCCGCCACAGGUUCUCCUGCAGGGGGACAACCAUCGGCGGCAUGGGUAAAUCCUGGGACCUGACAAAGGCUGGAUUACCGGCUACUGCCCAGUCAUUUCGUGAGCAUUCACCCGUCCACUUGUCAAUUCCAUCUCUGGUCCAGCCUGAUAGAUCAACAGUUCUAACCGAGUACGCUCAGUAAAACACACAAUAUUUUUUAGGUUUUUUUUAUAGAUUGUUUUGAAAUUUAUUUUUUAUUAAAUAAACCAGGAUGCGAACAAGAGCUAACGUGUUUUUAAUAAAUAAGUGGGAGAACGGGGAGGACAUUACAAAACGUCCUCGUAUCCCCACGUGGCGAAACCUGUCUGCAGUCCAGACGUACUACAGCAAAGGUGGUUGACAAAAGGACAUGAACUUCUAAAGGCCUAAAGUU